UUCCAGCGCAUCCUACCACACAUCUUUUGAGAUAUCCAAAUUUUUGCGAGUGAUAAUACAUAGAGUCUUGCGGUUCAUUAUUUUGAAGUCAUAGUUUUGAUAAUCAUGAAGCUCAUUAUUUUGGCCGUUUUUAUUGCCACGGUAGCUUGCCUAGUGGCAGGAGAUCCCCUACCACUCACUAAAAGAGAUGGUUUCCCCAAUAGUGCCAUGAAACCAAUGCAAUGUCCAUCAGGAAACACUGAGGUUUCAUGUCUAGUGACUGAUUCGUCUUGGCCAACAAAUGAUUUUCCAUGCGGACAAGACACAAUUCGUAACAAUGUUAUCAAAGCGAUAACAAAUGGAAUCCUCAAGAAAACUGCAGCUGACGAUGUUGAGGGUAGCCCUCCAUUUGAGCUAGGCCCAGCUUGUCAAGGUGGACCUCUGUACAAAUUUCAGCAUAACACUGUAACUGCUUUUUACGUUGUGAAAACUGAAUGCGAUUGUAAAGCGGGUGUUGUGCCCAGCUGCAGCAAUGUAGUGGAGAAAAGUCAGGAUGCUUGCAACAUUUCAAAGAUCGUUUAUUGUGGCGCUUCAAGUGGCCAAAGUCAUUGCGCUGCAAAAUGAGCAUAAAUAUUAUGGCUCACCGUUCUUGCUGUUUUCCCUGAAUAAAUAGAUUUCUAGCUAUUUGUAGCCAUUUGACACCGUUCUUGCUGUUUUCCCCGAAUGAGUAGAUUUCUAGCUAUCUUUAGCCAUUUGACAACCCCUCAAACUUGUCCAUAUCCACCGUAUUGGCCUUCCAACAUUCAUUUUCUGAAUGCCAAUUUUUUCAUGUUAAAAUAGAUGGUCUGGGUAUCAAACUUCGUACUAUGAUAGAAUAAGUGGGACUAAAUUUCUUCUGUGGUCUUUCGUUGAAUAUCAAUAUCAAAACAAAAUCAAG